AAGAAAAUUACCACUCUGUGUAGAUCACAGCGCCGUGCCGUGCAGUUGGGGGAUCUCAAGUCUCCUCUGACCUCGCCACCUCGCGGAGGAAAAGGGGUGGAAGAGGGAGCAGCGGGGAGACUGGAAUCAAGCCUCAGUCGGGCGGGCGGCGGACAAUCGCUUCGCAGGCAUGAUUCAUACAGCCCACUAGUAUGUCCUCAAAAGCUAUAAAAAGAAGACCUUGCAGUGCUCAAACUGAUAAAGCAAGUGAAAAACAUAUGGAGGUGACACUACCAGAUGCUAUGACUGAAUCUCUUCUAGGAAAUUCUCCUCCAGAAGAUAAAUCCAAGAGAUAUGAACCCACUACACGGUCAAAUUUCUGGAGUGGGACAAGACAGGAGUGCAUUCGUUGGGCGCAUCUUGUGUCAACAUUUAUUGCUCAAUCUGCAAGAAAGAUAGUAAAUGUUCUUUCUGAAUUCGGAUCUUUGCUUGCAAGAUUCUUUGGUUGCUCUUCUGCUCCCCAAUGUUCACCAAAUGGAAAGACAGUUCCAUUCAAUCUCAGUCCAUUACAGGAAGAAAGAUUAAGAUUGUUGAGACAAAGGUUAGAUGUGCCAUAUGAUUGCUCCUCUGUCAAGCAUCAGGAUGCUCUGAAAGAGCUUUGGAGAUUGGCUUAUCCUAACCGACAAGUUCCUCCUCUAAAAUCAGAUCUUUGGAAGGAGAUGGGCUGGCAGAACUCUGAUCCUGCAACUGAUUUUAGGGCAGGUGGGUUCAUGUCCUUGGAGAAUCUAAUAUACUUUGCCAGAAAUUACCCAGAUUCCUUUCACAAGCUGUUGCACAAGGCUGAUGGUGAGAGAGCUGAGUGGGAAUACCCUUUUGCUGUAGCUGGUGUGAACAUAUCUUAUAUGUUAGUGCAAAUGCUGGAUUUGCAAUCAGGAAAUAUGAGUACAAUAGCUGGUGCCCACUUUGUUCGACUUCUAGAAAAUGAUGAUGCGGCUUUCGAUAACCUUUUCUGUGUAGCAUUUCAAAUGCUUGAUGCUCAUUGGCUUGCAAGGGGGGCUAGUUAUAUGGAAUUCAAUGAGGUUCUAAAGUAUACACGAGUUCAGUUAGAACAAGAGCUUGCCCUCGGAGGUAUUUGUAGGGUCGAAAAUAUGCCAUCGUUCAGAAUGUUAAAAAAGUAGCCAUGUACAUCGCAGGAAAAAUACUGUUACCUGUUGAUAGGUUGUUUAAAAAUGCAGUCCAUUCUUUAGGCGGAUGUUCAAGAUGUAUUAAUGUGUGUAUUGAUCGCAAUGUAAAGUUCCAGUUCAUGUAUGAUUCAUUGAUACCUUGACAGGAAAAAGAAACACAUGCUACAGCUUUCAUUAUCA